GGGGGAGAAAGUGAAGUUAAAACUUGGAAAGGCAGAUAUGGGAGCAUGACGGGGCGUGCCAUGCGGGCUGCCCAGGCUGUUUGGAAGGGAGAAAUCGGUCAGGUAGCGUCGGGAGAAGGGGCGAGACUGCCUCCUGCCUGCCUCCGUGGAAGGAGCCCCUCUGCAGCACAGCCUUGCCAUCUGGGCCGGUUGCCAAGUCAGUGCUAGGAAAUUCCUGGAGAUCUGGGGCCAGAGCCUGGGGAGGGGCUCCGCAAUGAUGUGGCAGGACAGCCCCCCCCCGCCCCUACGCGGGCUGCUUCGCUGGAGGAACCCACGCCGGGAGAUCAGUUGUCAUUCUGGGAGCGCUACAGGCAGGAGGGCGUCUAGUUUGUAGCCCCCACGCCCCCCCCCACUGAGACGUCCAAGAAAGGCUAGGAGAGGCCUGCGCGAAGACCAGCAUUAGGCCAGCCCAGAGCUGAGGGAGAACAGGAGCCACGGCCCAUAAGGGCUGAUGUGGCUGCGCCAGGCGGAGGGCGAGGCCCGGCUGCGGCACACCUGCGAGCAGAGCGACGGCCUGGCCCGCUACGGCUGGCUGCGCCACGACGGGCUGCACUUCGGCACGCAGGAGAUCCGGGACGGCGGCCUCCGCCUGCGGACGGAGUUCGUGAAGCGGCCCGGCGGCCGGCACGGGGGCGACUGGAGCUGGAGGGUCGCCGCGCGCGCCGAGAGGACAGCCGGCACCCCGGACACCUUCCUUUCCAUGUUCUUCUAUGUGGCAACUGAUGGGCAAGGGACGCUGCAGCCUCUGGUGGUGGAGAAGAACCACCUGGUCUCUCUCACGGGCACUACAGAAGAGCUGGGGAACUUCACCAUCACCUUCCAGCAGCCCACCAGGGAAGAUGGUGCCACACCUCUCUAUGCCAGUUACAACUAUCUGCAGGCCAAGGCCGAGGGCCUGCAUCGCCUGAGUGACGUGGUGAAAGCCAGCCUCAGCCCUCGGUUUGUGUAUGCUCCACCAGGGGGCCCCAAGCGCCGCUACUUUGGUGUGGACACUUACCAGGGACCGCCUGAGGGGAGAGAGCCUCACAGCCAGCUCCUUGUUCACCAGGUGACCGUGGCACUGCCCUGCCUACUGGAGGUGGUCUUUGAGUCGGGCAGCGUCCCUGAGCGUGCUGGGCGUCUUGCAGGAGAGGUGCUGACGCAAGAGCUGGCCAGGCACACAGCAGCCUUUGAGCAGCGCUUCGAGAGGACAUUUGGGCUGGCCCAGAAGGGCUUCUCAGUGCAGGAACAGGACUUUGCCAAGGCUGCCUUCAGCAAUAUGCUGGGGGGGAUGGGCUACUUCUAUGGGCACUCACUGGUGCAGUCCCCCCAUAGCGAGCUCCCACAGCUCUAUCCAGAGGGGCCCCUUUUCACAGCCGUGCCAUCUCGCUCUUUUUUCCCACGGGGCUUCUUGUGGGAUGAAGGCUUCCACCAAUUGCUACUGGGCCGCUGGGAUCCAGCCCUGAGCCAGGAGGUGCUGGCACAUUGGCUUGAUCUGAUGAAUGUCGAAGGCUGGAUACCUCGAGAGCAGAUCCUAGGCGAUGAGGCCCGCAGCAAGGUUCCGGCAGAGUUUGUGGUACAGCACAGCAGUGCAGGAAACCCUCCCACAUUUUUUUUGGUGCUGCAGCAGCUGCUGUCUCAGGGUGCAGUUGACGUGCCCUACCUGCGGCGCCUGUACCCUCGCUUACGGAGUUGGUACAACUGGUAUAACCAAACUCAAGCUGGACCAGUGCCCUACACCUUCCGGUGGCGCGGACGGGACCAGGACCCUCAGAUGUUCCUCAAUCCAAAGACUCUGACCUCAGGGCUGGAUGAUUAUCCGAGGGCCUCGCACCCGUCACCAGAUGAGCGCCACCUGGACCUGCGGUGCUGGAUGGCACUUGCUUCUAAUGUCAUGACAAAGGUGGCCAGACACCUCGGGGAACCAGGAGGUGAAUACCAGCACAUGGCAGAAGUCCUAGUUGACAACCAGCUGUUGGAGCAGCACCACUGGGCUGAGGUACUGGGCACCUUUGCAGACUUUGGCAACCAUACCCAGGCUGUGGCACUAGAGUGGGAGAGACCACGGCCCCCUCCCCCAGGACAGCCUCCCCCUACUCCAAGGCUUCUGCGGGUAGUCCGGAAGCCUCCCAAGCUGCAAUUCGUAGGGGGUGCUCUUGGCUACGUAAGCCUUUUCCCUCUGCUGUUGCAACUGCUGCAGCCCGAUUCACCCCGGCUGGGCAGCCUUCUGGCAGAUAUGCGCAACGAGAAGAAGCUGUGGACCCCCUUUGGCUUGCGUUCCCUCUCACGCAGCAGCCCUUUCUACCUCAAGUACAACACUGAGCAUGACCCUCCCUACUGGCGGGGGUCCAUCUGGAUCAACGUCAACUACCUUGCUGUGCAGGCCCUGCACCACUACAGCCGCCAGGAGGGCCCGUUCCGCCAGGAGGCAGCUGCCCUUUACCAGGAGCUGCGAGCCAACCUCAUCCACAACAUCUUCCGACAGUACAAGGAGAGCGGCUACCUGUGGGAGCAGUACAACGACAGCACAGGCAAGGGCCAGGGCUGCUACCCUUUCACAGGCUGGUCUGCCCUGGUGGUCCUCAUGAUGGCGGAGGAAUACUAGCACCAGGCAGGCUGCCAGGGACUCCUUGAACUUGGCCCAGCCACCUGUCAUCUCCUGAACUCUGCCUUUUCAAAAACAUGGAACCUUUAAUUAAAAUAAAAUGGAGAAGAUUGGCAGUA